AUGUUAUUGAAUGACAUAAGAUAUUUUUUGCCCAGAAAUUCUUUCCAUACAUCAUCCAGUUAUUUAUCAGAUGACCGUCCCCAGGCCAAAUUUUUUCCUGCAUUGACGACACCCAUGCUUCCAAAAGAUUCAUUCAAGGGAAAGACUGCCUUCAUAACUGGUGGUGGCACUGGUCUUGGAAAAGCAAUGGCAACUAUGCUGUCCCAACUUGGUGCUCAAGUGGUUAUAUCAAGUAGAAAGUUGGAUGUCCUUGAAAAGACAGCAGAAGAGAUCACCCAACUAACCGGAAAUAAAGUUUUACCAGUUACUGCUGAUGUACGCAAUCCAGAAGAUAUCAAAAUGUCUGUUGACCAAUGUGUUUCCACUUUUGGUCUACCUAAUGUUAUAAUUAACAAUGCAGCUGGGAACUUCAUAUCACCAUCUGAAAGACUCUCUGCCAAUGCUUGGAAAACUAUCAUAGAUAUUGUCUUAAAUGGUACUGCCCACGUCACUCUUGACAUUGGAAAAAGACUUAUUGCAGCAAGUCAAGGGGCAGCCUUUCUUGCCAUCACAACUAUUUAUGCAGAAAGUGGUUCAGGAUUUGUGGUGCCCAGUGCCUCUGCUAAAUCAGCAGUUGAGACCCUGUCGUUAUCACUUGCAUCAGAAUGGGGGCGUUAUGGAAUGAGGUUUAACUGCAUUGCUCCUGGACCUAUCAUGACUAAGGGUGCUUUCAGUCGAUUGGAUCCUACCGGCUCCUUUUCUGAACAUGUAAAAGAGCGCAUUCCCAUUGGACGACUUGGCCACCCUAAUGAAUUAGCAAAUAUGGCCCUCUAUCUGGUCAGUGACUAUUCAAAUUGGGUAACUGGAGCAAUUUUCCGAUUUGAUGGUGGUGAAUACCCAAGUAUAGCAGGAGAGUUCAACCAACUAAAGGAGGUAACUAAUGAACAAUGGGACAUAAUGGAAAAAAUAAUCAGGAAGGUGAAAGGAUCUUAA